GACACAAGCUGUGCAGACAAUAUCAGCGGAGACUGGGAUCAGUGUUUAAAGAACUCUCUCUAAAGUAUUUCAGUACGUUUUGUUAUCUUUGGAUCACACAUUACUUAAUACGAUGGGGAUAAUAACACUCUUUCUCCUCUGCAGUUUUGUAGUGGGUAAUGCUCAGAGUAAGGUGACUUUAGAUCCGGACCAGCCCUAUUUGAGGAAGCAAGUCUCUCACAGAGCUGUACUGGAGUGCUGCUUCUCCGGGGAGAAGUCAGUGAAUGUCACAUGGGUCAAGCAAACCACCAACAAAACCAUACACACUGUGCCACCAGAACGAGUAUCAGAACAAGUGACUAAACGAGACACACCGGGCCAUAGCAAAUUCUGCGGCACCCUGACCUUGGAUCCCCUCCAUCUGAGUGACUCUGGGCUGUACUCCUGUCAUCUCAGCGGCAACGAUGGGGCCGUCCUGUCACACGGCACCUACCUGCAGAUCUACAAGCCGAUGGAGAAGUCAAUAAAUCUGAGUGAGAGCACCAAAAACAAGAUCCUGACAGCCGAGGGAGUCUUACUGCUACUGUGUGUGCUUUUGCCCUCGAUCUCCCUUCUCUUCAAGUCAAAGACGCUAAAUGAACGGGAGAAGAAUAAAAUGACGAGGGAAGAGGAAAACAUAUAUCAGGGGCUAAAUCUGGACGAAUGCUGGUCCACAUAUGAUCAGAUUGAACGUCCCCAGACACAUGGCCAGUACCAGGAUGUGGGCAACAUAAAGGGGGAAGAGGAGGAGGAGGAGGAGGAGAUCCAGCUGGAAAAACCCUGAAGGAAAUUGGAAAGAUAAAGAAAGGGAGAGUGUUGAGUCUAUUUUAAGUGCUGACGUACAACUCUGUGAUAUCUUAAUAUCAUCUUCAUUCCUUACCACACGCAUUUGGUUUUGUACAGAGCGUGCAGUUACAGUUUUAGCAUCUGAUAACAUAUCUUUUAAGCAGCUUGUUUAUUUGAGAUUGAACAGAUUUUUGAACUGGAAACAGCAGCAGUUGAUUUAACAGUCUCACCAAUGGCACCACUCAGUCAAUGUUGGCCAGGAUUAUAGAAAUAUGAAAGUCAGAUGUUCAACAUGAUUGUAAAGAUAUCUAUUUUCUACAAAUGCUACUAAUAGCAAUAUAAAUGUGUCUUCCACUCCUUCAUUUAUCAAACAUUGUAUUCCAAUCAGACGCGCCGGAUUCAUUUUAAAAGUGGGGGGGCCAAAAAAGUGCGUGUGUAUGGCCCAAUCCCAAACCACGCCCUACACCCUACCCCUACACACUCCCCCUUUCACACAAGGAAACAUAUCACCUUGUGUGACUCCAAAUUCCCCUAAUCCUCGUCUCAUCUGUUAAGACUUGUUUUUUUAACUCAAUUCCUUGUAUGUCACUCGGGUUGAUGUUUUGGCACUUCCUUAACUGUGAAACAGAUGAUUUAUUUGGAUCGGUUAGUAUCAGUUGAAGUAAUUAAAUCUCUAUUUUCUUGUAUGUUGAAGUGGCUGAAACCAGAAACCUCCCAGACACCGACAGAUACUCUUCACCCUUUUGCAUUUCUUUACAAAAGGUCAAGCAGUAAUAUCAGCUAAUGCAUUUUAGCUCAACGAGGAGCCUCUAGCGAUGAACCAGGAAUCCUCCUCUGAGGAGUUGGUGCCGCUGAAGAAGCAGCGGACACGCAUUUCAGACAAACCCAACUAUUCUCUUCAUCUGUGGAGUAUCAUGAAGAACUGUAUCGGCAAAGAGCUGUCCAAAAUCCCAAUGCCUGUGAGUUUUUUUAAGAGGUUACUCCAGAUCAGAUGUCAGCGGCAUCAACUCCUCAGAGGGGGAUUCCUGGUUCAUCGCUAGAGGCUCCUCGUUGAGCUAAAAUGCAGAAAAUAGGUCAAUAACAAGCGUAAAAGUGUGUGGAAAUAAGCGCUUAUAAAAGUGAUUUACAAGCUUUUUAUUAAACAUCUGUCUGAUCUGAUUUAUUAUGACUGUAGCACAAUCAAAGCUUUAAUAUUUGGAAAUGUACCACCCCUAGUUCACUAUGUUUUACCUUAUAAACAGCGAACCAUUCUUUUAACAGUCAACCCAGAGGUCACAGUGAAACCUACCGAUUGAUCAUCAGGACACAUUUCACUGUUCAAACCGAUGAUAUCACUGGUUGACCUUCUGUAAAGAAAUGCAAAAGGGGGAAGAGUAUCUGUCAGUGUCUGGGAGGUUUCUGGUUUCAGCCACUACAAGGAAAUAGAGAUUUAAUUACUUCAACUGAUAGUAACCGAUUCAAAUAAAUCAAAUGUUUCACAGUUAAGGAAGUGCCAAGACAUCAACCCGAGUGACAUACAAGGAACUGAGUUAAAAAGGUGAUAUGUUUCCUUGUGAGACUGGGUUUGUUGAUCAAGACUGCAUAUUCGUUCAUUUUAAAACAAUAUAACAUAUUUCUUGCAUUUUAUUGAAUGGCUUUAUGAUGUGUGACAAUGUAUUUGCUUCUUGCAUUUCUUUAAGUGCUUAGAAAAUAAAGUUGUGAUAAAACCAAA